AUGAAAAAAUUAAUAUUUUUCAACAGAGGCUAUGAGGUCACAUCCUUCUCCUUGAUCUCCAAUGGUUCACCUUACCAUCUAAAACCUGGAACCAACCUUCAACUUGAGUUUAAUUUCAACACUGCAUCGUCAAAUACGUCAUCAAAUUCCACGAUGGUCAUCUUUAGUGCAAAAAUUCUGUCUAACGUCACAAUUGAUACUUCUACGGCAGUUAUUAACAACAACACAAAUAUCAUAACGUUCACAUUAACAUCAGCAAUGUUCAAUGGAAUGAGUUUUGGAGAUUAUAAUUGCAGAUUUUGCCUCUAUACAUCCUCAGCUGACAAGAAACACAUAACUAUACCAGUGUCAUACGAAGAGCCAAUUGCAAAUUUUAAGAUUACUUGUAAUAAUUUCCAAAAGUUUGGGGUAGCAGCAGCUAUAACGAUUGGAUUGAAUUCAGGCUCGAACAUAAACAUGGUAUGGUACGCGAAUGGUGUCCAAAAAGAUACCAUUACAGAUGAUGGAAAUGGUACACGUCAAAUUCAACAUUCUCUUGCAUUAUCUCAAACCGGACAAGUAAACAUCUCGGUCACUGCCUCCAACACUGUGUCAACGGUAGUUGAUUCGGCAAUAGUGAACAACUAUUAUGAAAUCAAUGGAUUCUCCGUCACCUCAACACCAGGAACACCAAGCAGUGACGCCAUUGUAUACGUAAAUGUUGAUCAAGGAGUCCUUAUUCCACAGGGUUCACUUUCACUGAACAUUUCGUACGGUGAUGGAACGUUUGACAUACGUAAUGAUAAUUCAUCAUCACCUUCCAACUUAGUUCUUUAUCAUCGAUAUUCCUCCAUUGGAUCAUAUGUUGUGUCCGUGAAAAUUGCCUCUCCUGUAGACUCUAAAACCUAUACUAAAUCUGUUGGAGUUUAUAACCCAAUAUCUUCAAUCCAGGUUGAUUGUUCGCCGUACCAGAAAAUAGGAAUGGCUGUAACAUUCAACAUCACGAUACCGUCCGGGUCUAAUAUAACGCUAAAGUGGUAUUUGAACAAUGUUUUCAGUUUUCAAACAAUCUAUGAAAGUCAUGGGUCUUACGUUGAAAAUCGUAUAAUAAAUAAAGAAGGAACUGUCCAUGUGGCCACUGUGGCGUCAAAUGCCGUUUCACAGGCAAACCACAGUCUAACGUUUAUUAAUAUUCAUGGAAUCAAUGGAAUUACUUUGUCUGGGGAUGAAACUGUCCUACAAAAAGAUGCAUUAGUAACUCUUAAGCUGACAAAUGCAGCUUUGCUACCACAGGGUCCAAUAUCAAUUAAAUUAAAUUUUGGUGAUUCAUCCCCAUUGCAAAUAAAGAAUUUUUCUUGGGUAAAUGAAAGUUCAAUAUGGUCAGAAGUAAAUUUUACCCAUCAGUACAGUGCAGAAAUGAACUAUACAGUUCAAGCACAUUUGGCGUCACCCGUUGACACACAGACGUUCAGUUCAAUGGUGCAAGUAAUGGAACCAAUAACAAACAUACAGAUAUCAUGCUCCAAAUACCAGAAGUACGGAAUUCCAAUUCCAGUCACUGUCAACCUGACAAAUGGCUACAACGUAAAAAUUAAAUGGGUGGUAAAUGAUGAUACAGAAGCUUUAACCACCACGUUUCAUGCUGGAAAAGGAAUUAGGACUUUUACAGUAGAUCUAAGUCCAACUCGCUCCGGUCAUUUAAAUCUUACCGCACUUGCCUCAAAUGCCGUUUCCGAGUCGUCAAGUUCUGUUCUCUUCUCCCACUUGUUUGCCAUCAAUGGAUUUACUCUUACAUGUCACCCAUCUACUCUUGACAAAGAUGCAAGUAUAAUAAUAAAAAGAGCCAAAACGGCGGGUCUCCCACAAGGAAAAAUUUUAAUUUCUGUACAAUAUGGAGAUGGGAACUCAACAUUUCAAGAAUUUUAUGCUGGUUUUGAUGCUUUCUUGAAUCCUGGAUAUGACUUUUCCCAUCGGUAUUUAACAGAAGGACAAUACAAUGUGAUAGUUAAUAUUACAUCUUAUGUCGACUUCAAGUCUCUGUCCUCCACAGUCGACAUUAUUGAACCUAUCCAGAACAUUUCGGUGUUGUCUUCUUCUGAAUACUACAUAGUUGGACAAAGCGUCAUGUUUAAUUUAACAAUAAACUACGGUUUUGAUGUUAAGACCAAGUGGUACGUCAAUGGAAAAUAUAAAUAUUCACGAACUCAUGCAGGAAAGGGCCGCCGAGAAAUUUUUGAAAGUUAUCGACCUAGCGAAUCAGGGAAACUCAAAAUUUCGAUCAAUGCUAGUAAUCCGGUUUCUUUUUUCGUGACUUCAUUAGUAAUCUAUAAUUAUUAUGAACUCAAAGGUUAUAGUAUUUCUUGUGCACCUGGAACAAUCUACGAAGACGUUAAAAUUAUUCUGAGUUUAGCUUCUGGAAGUCGAUUACCACAAGGCCUGAUAACAUUCGAAAUCCAGUACGGAGAUGGUCUUUCAGCUACCGGAACUUUUUCCUCUACAGAUCGGGUUUUGAAGAAUUCUGGGAAACUGUUUCCUAAAAGAUAUCUCCGUGAAGCAUUUUAUAUAAUAUCUGUUACGCUUUCGUCCCCGGUAGAUACCAUCAAUUUGACUUCAGAAGUCAAAAUCGUUGAACCAAUUCAGAACAUUGCAUUUUGGACCAAACUCUAUCAUGAGAUUGGCGAGGAGCUUGUUAUUUACGCAAAUUUAACCAAAGGCUACAACACAACAACAACAUGGCAGAUAGGAACAACUUUAUCACACGUAAUACUCCAUGAGGGAACGGGAGAUCGAUAUUUUAACUUCACAAAAAUGGUUUCUGAAAAGGGUGCCAUAGACAUAACAGUGACGGCAACCAAUCUAGUGUCAGAAAUGAGCUAUACAUAUAAGACGUACUAUUAUCAUAAAAUAAAUAACAUACAUCUGACUUCCACUGUAUCUUCUACGGUUAAGGAUGCAAAACUGUACUUUGAAACGCUUCCACAAGCUAAGGUACCACAAGGAAAUAUUGAUGUAAUGAUUGAUUUUGGUGAUGGAACCACAAACACUACAGAUUUUGCUCUGCUUUCAAAAACUUUAAAAAACCUUAAUCACCUCAUCACUCACCUGUAUGAACAUGUUGGAAAUUACACUGUAACUGCAUCCCUGACCUCUCCACUGGGCAUUGACAACAUUACUGCUGAAGUUGAAGUUAUAGAGCCAAUUUUUGAAAUUGAAUUUGAAUGUGAAAGAUAUUUAGAGAUCGGGCAGGAGCUGAUCAUAUCUGCAACAUUAUUUGGAGGGAUGCGAGCAGUCACAGAAUGGUCUAUUGGAACAGCAACGCCUAUCCAGAUCUUCCAUGAUGGAAACGGAACGAGAACUUUUGAUGUUCGUUACAAUGUCACAGAUAUUGGUUCUAUAACGGUUACUGUUAAUGCAGUAAAUGAUGUGUCACAAGCAACAAACAGUACAACAGUGUUUUAUCUUUAUCCCUUAAAUGGAUUUAAUGUAUCUCAUGGAAUUCAUUCAACUUUGGAAGAAGCCGAAAUAAAAUUAACUUUGUGGGAGUAUGCUGACUUGCCCAUGGGAUUAAUAACUGUAAUCACAGACUUUGGUGAUGGUCAGAAAAACAUCACUGUGAUAAAUGGAAGUGAUUCCUCUUUUAGUGCAACGGGUCUUCUUCUAAGACACAGUUACACAGAAGCUCUAAACUUUUCUGUGGUUGUAACACUUAUUUCGGAAAUUAAUUCCAUCAAUUUAACGUCAGAAGUAAAGAUUCUUGAACCAAUCUAUGGAAUAGAGUUUAUGUGCCCGAAGUAUGUCGAAGUGAGCAAAGAGAUAGUAAUCAAAGCAACCCUUUUUGGAGGACAUGAGGUUACAACACAAUGGUUCUUUGGAAACAGAUCAAAAGUAGAAGAAUAUCACUUUGGAAACGGAACAAGAGAAUUUAUUAUCACUCAUAAUGUCUCGGGAAGUGGAGAGGUUAACAUCACAGUUCAGGCGCUAAGUCCUGUUUCAGUCAAAUAUAAUUCAACAGUUGUGUUCUACUAUUAUGGUGUCAACGGAUUUCUAAUAAGUGAUCCAGAAACAGCUUCAAAUUACAAUAAAACUGAUGUUAGUUUAUGGCUAGAUUCUGACGCUCUGAAACCUAUGGGUGAUAUAAGCAUCUCUUUAAUGUUUGGAGAUGGUAAUGUAACAAAAAUUGAAAUGGAUUCAAACAAUAGAAGUCUGGAGGAACCUGGGUUGGUAUUCUCUCAUAUGUAUCAGAUGUUUGGUGAUUAUAUAAUAACAGCACAGAUCACAUCACACAUCAACUCUGUAAACUACUCAACAGGCGUGGAACUCUUGGAGCCAGCAGAAGGAAUUGAGAUUGAGUGUCAAUUAUUCAAUGUGGUUGGAAAUACAUUAGCAGUUUCGGUAAAAUUAAAAAACGGAACAAAACUCCAGGUUGUGUGGGACUUCGGUGGCAAUGUAACUGCAAUUCAAAAUACAAGCGGCUCAGGAAUUAGGUCAUAUCAUUUUGACCAGUCUGUUCAAAGCACUGGAGAAAUAAAUGUUACAGUAGAAGCCAGCAACACCGUAUCCUCUGUUCGAAACUGGACAAUAAUUUACUAUUACUUUGAGGUUAAUGGAUUUUAUUUUGAUAAAAAUAGUACAGUACAGACAAAUGAAAUUGCUUCAAUUUUUUUCAAAAUAUCAAAAAAUGCCCACCAGCCGCAAGGAAUAGUGGAUGUAUAUUUAUCUUUUGGAGAUGGAAAUUCAACAUCAUUUAAUGUUUCUUCUGAAGAUUCCCUCUUGGUGUCUGAUGGAAUGUAUUUUGAACAUAUUUACCCCAUUCAAGGCGUAUAUCAAAUUAUGGCAAACAUUACGUCUCAUGUCGGCUGGAAUAUUGUAUCUACCGAUAUUAAAAUUUGGGAUAAAAUUGAUGUGGAGCUUAAUUCUACGAAAAUCGCUCAAGUUGGAGAGUUCAUUCAUUUUGAUUUUGUAAAUGUGCCAAAUUCCAACUUUAGAUAUUUUAUCGAGUAUGGUGAUGGGAAUAUAAGAAAAAACGUGGACGAUGAUUUAUACCGCAAGUACGACUUUGGAAACUGGACAAAAGCUUACAAUUACUCUUCCCUGUUUACUGUAACAUUAAAAGCAUGGAAUCCUUUGUAUGAAAAGACUUCGACGUAUCAAAUAUUAGUUGAACAUCCCUUGAUAACAGAUAUUAUGACAUUAUCCCCUGAAAAUGACACGAUACCUAUACCAGACGGUUUGAUGUCAUUCACUUUGAAUGUAUCGGAACUCUCUUCUGAACCAUCUAAUGUAAUAUGUACCUUUGACUAUGGCACUGGUGAACAAAAACAUAGUAAUGUUACUGUACACGUAAGGUAUAGCAAACCAUUAAUAAGAGAGUACGUGUUUCAGAAACAUGGAUUAAAGAAUGUUACAUUUUACUGCCAUAAUUCUGUAAGCUCAAUUUUCAGAUCGUCCAUCGUAAACGUUUUGAAGUACGACUUACAGGAUAUCAAAAUCUUUUAUAAAAGUCCAGUUAAUAUGAACAUGACAUUAGUACAACGAACUCCAUCUCCUGAGAAUCGCCAUCCAUAUGAACCUAUUUCUAUUCCAGUGAAUGUAUUGUUUUCCUUUUAUUUCCUCGGUUGUUCAAGACUUCCAUUCAACUUAGAAAUGAUCUGGGAUUUUGAUGACAAUACUCCUUCUAAAAGUGUAAAAUCCACCAAACUUUACUAUUCCCAUACCUUUGAACAUCGGGGCAUUUUCAAAAUAACUUUAAAAAUAAUAGAUAACAACACAAACACUUUUGAUUUAAGAAAUCUUGAUUUGCAAACAGGAACUUUAGAUUUCAGUGUUAGUCCUGAUAAAGGGGACUUGCGUUAUACUGUUUUCAAUUUGACUGCAGCAGGUCUUCUUGGCGAAAAUUCUAAGUAUACGUUUUAUGCUGAUACAACUGAUGUCAGUCAAGAAAAUUUCUUUGUUUUUAACAAUGUGACGGAUGAAACUGCAGCAUGGGCUCAUGUAAAGUACUUAACAUAUGGAUAUUUCAUACCAAGAGUUACAGGCUCCAAUGAAAGUCUUGUGGAAACUGUUUACUGGAACGCUCCUAUUAUUGCAGAUUUAAGCAUUGAGACCAAUUUGACAUUACAUGUUCCUGAUAUCGUACCUCUUCCCCCGGGUACUGUAGAAUACAGAAUAAGUAUUCCUGCUGGAACGUACGGGUAUAGACCGUACGUGUUUUGCACAAUAAUAGCCGGGGACGAAGUUGACCGAAGUCAACAAAGUCAAAUGUUUAAUAUAACCUCGUUAGAUCCACUUAUAUUCAGGUAUACUUAUAUUGCUAUUGGUUACCCAGAGUUGAACAUUAACUGCGAAAACUCCAUAUCCACCAGGAACUGGAAGAAACGUGUGACAGUAAGUAAUCUGUGUUUUGAAGUGAAAGGAAUUUUUGACCGACAAUAUUCGAUGAUAGAAUGGCCGAUGCCGGUGUGGACGUCUGCAAACUUGUCCAUAUCAAAUAGAAUGGGAAUAUCAGCGAACCCUGAUUGUGUUACAGGACAACCAGUUUUUAAAUGGGAAGUGCAUAGAGUCAACGAAUCUGGAGUCAUCGACAUAAAUUCUUACAGUCUUUAUGAAAAAUCCAAUAAUGGCAUACUAUUUAUAGAGGCUGGAAAGUUGGAGCCUGGUUUAUACUAUUUGAAUUUAACUGUUAACAUCACAAAAACAUUCAUAUUCGAAUAUAUGUAUAUUCGUUUUUUGAAACCGGAACCUUUUGCCUAUAUAAUUGGUGGUAGUAAAACAACCAUUCGACCUACGAGUUUUGUUCUUUUAGAUGCAUUAGAAAAAUCCCACAUUGCAAACAGUGGGUAUGGGAACACAAAUGGACUGAACUUCAGCUGGAAAUGCGAAGAAAAUAACGCAGUUACAGCUCAAGUUGUGCAAAGCGAUGAUGUGUAUAAUGGAACUACAAGUAUUGCACCGUACCUUUCAAGUGUCUGUCCGUUAAACGAUUACUCACGUGGUAUAGCCAAAUUAUCAAUAGACGGAUAUGUUGACGCAGAAUUUGCUGUCACCGUUACGGUGUUUGAGAACUCCAGUCACGAUGAAUUCACACAGAUAAUAUCAGUCAAUAGCACUUCCCCAGAACUGGCGAUAAACUGUACUUUGAACUGUGGUCAAAAGGUUACUGUAACUACUAAAGUAUCAUUUUUGGCAUGGUGUAAAAGCUGCGAAUACGAAAAUACAACAUUGAGCUAUAAUUGGACACUUUUGAUGAAAACAAAAUCAACACAUCCUUAUGAAUUGGUUGAAGGAUUUUCGAAAAACACAACUACAGGUAUAAAUAUUCAGGCAUUAGCAAUUUCCCCAGGAUUCUUGGUCCCAGGUAUGCUGUAUCGGCUGACCUUGAAUGCUUGUUAUUUGGAUGGAGAAGGAGAAGCAGAAGUUUUCGCCGAGUUUGCAACAAACUUUCCACCGUACGGUGGAUUCUGCAAUUUCAGUACAGAGAUACAGGAAGCAGUCUUUCUGAGUGUUUUCUGCAUGGAUUGGGCAGAUGAGGGAUUUGCAAAAGACCAAAAUUAUAGUCGAGACCUACAGGCAAGGAUCCCUCUUAUAUAUCAAUAUGAAACAAGGACAAUGCGUAGUAUGUCACAAGGAGUAGAGGAUGUCAUCAACAUAAUUUAUAGGGGAAGCGAAAGUUCAAUAAACAAGGAGUAUAUACAGGCUGGUGAUGACAGUUUUAAUCAUAUUGUGCACUUUGUUGUGAAAAUCUGUGAUUUGUAUGGAGACUUCACAGAGGUCCAAUCAGACGGAUUUGAGGUACCUUCACCGAGUGGAGCACAACCUCGUAAAGAAAAUGAACUUUCAAUAGUUAGAAACUUGCGUAAUGAAUCCUUGACGAAGUACAAUGAGCGAAAACUGAGUGGAAAUGAAAUGUCUGCAAUACGUCUGCUUGGGUCUACCGCAUCAGCCUUUAAAAAUUUCUCAAAUGUGGAUAACACAACAACUGAACACCAGAUAAUGACAGGCGUCGUGCAAAAAGCCCAUAUUGACAACGUCGAAAUAGAAAUUGUGAAGUUAUACCAAAAUUUUAUAGCUGAAAUGUUGUAUUUAUUGCGGUUCGACCUUCACGUGCACUGCAGUUCUAAUCAACACAGAUAUAGUUUGGCUGACUUGCAGCAGAUAUUGUCCACUGUUGACGCCAUAACUCGAAUUCAGCCAUACAUUACCUUUGAUAUUGUGAAAAAUACAACUCAGCUUCUUGACAACCUUGUUUUAUGCUUUGACAAAGUCAGUGCACUUGACCCAUUUCCAGUAGAAAAUGUUGGGACGACAAAUGAGAUCGCUAAAGUUAUACACAGGAUUAUAAACCGUCUACUUGACGUCAUGCUCCCAGAUCAUUUACAAGAUCACAACACACCCAUAGUCAAGGCUGAUAUCAAAGAUAUUCUUGUAAGAGAUGCUGAGCGCCAGAAACACCAAGAAGCUUUGCUUUGGGCUGUUAACGUUUCCACGCUUAUAGACUAUAUGCAUUUUCUAUAACAAGGCAAAAAUGUUAAUGUUUUGUACUCAACACUAAUUAAAAACAUAAGUCCUAUGAAAUACGUUUUAUUACAAUAUAUAUUUAAUUCUAGUUUGUCAUCUGCAGGGAAUUAUUUUCCGAUGAUGCAACAAAUAUUGCGACGAAUGCAGAAUGUUAUCCUUAGAACCAUUGUUCUUGGUGAGCGGCAUAUCAUGGAAAGAACCGUUGUUUCUGUAAUAACGGAAAAGAUAACGGUGGACAGCAUUGAAAACAGAACUGACGAAUACUUUGUAGGAAUCCAACCGUCAAACGGAACGUUUGAGCAGCUCACUGACGUUAUAGUUGCUAUGAAGAUAAAUUAUUUCUCUAAGAACCCAUUUAUCUAUGGAAAGAACGCCUCGGCAUUAACAUCGGGCGUGUCCACUUUUGACAUUGGUGAUGACAUUAAACUUGACGUUAAGCUUGCUAAUAACGGCAACUUUAAAUACCAGAAGUUUAUACCGCUCAUAAACCCAGAAUAUCCGGAGAAGAUGAUUUUCUUCACUUAUGAUGUCAUAAAUGAUGAUGACGCUGCAAUAAUUUUCAUGAAUCCGGACGGCUUUGACAUCAAUAAUCCAGUAAAUUUCACUCUGUACACAUUUUAUGUCAGUAGCGAAACAUAUCCGACGUCAACGUCGUAUGAUUUCAUCAAAACAGUUGGUAUGCGCGACUGGGAAGAUAUUGGAUUCAAAAUAUUUCUCCAACAAGGUUUAUGUGCAAAGGGUACCUGCUAUCUUGGAGUAAAACCAGAAACAGUUCCUGAUUACAGUGGGUUUACACCUACCCGGAUGAGACGUAAGCGAGAAGCAGAGCUUAAUCAAACAACGCCUGCCCCCACUACAGCAUCACCGCUGUUUAUUCCAGUUCAAGCGAAUUUCAGCUUGGUUGUCUUUACCACAGGGUGUAGAUCAUGGAAUGAUUCUCAGGGAGCAUGGUCCUCCGAUGGCUGCACGGUUCUGGAGAUGAGUAGUGUUAACGAUACAGUCUGCCGCUGUAGUGGAAACACAUUUUCGACAACGUUUUAUGUUCCACCUAACAUGAUUGAUUUCUUAACCGUGUUCAAAAAAUUCGACGCUACAAAUGCAUACGCGUAUGGUCCUGUAAUUGGCCUCUUCGUUAUCUAUGUCAUUGCAGCCAUUUUCUUGCGCAGGGAAGACGUAAAGGACUUAACGAGAUGGGCUGCAUAUUUUUUGGUGGACCACGACGCAGAAGACAAGUAUUUCUACCUUCUUACCGUUCAAACAGGAAUGCGGAGAGGAGCAGGAACAAAAUCCAACGUCAACUUUGUAUUGGUGGGAAAUGAGGAAGACUCUGAUAUCAGGGUACUCUCUGAUGGAGUGAGAGAGGGAUUUAGCGUUGCAAGUAUCAAUAGAUAUUUUAUGGGUACAAAAGAACCUUUAGGGGACUUGAGAUAUCUUCGAAUCUGGCAUGAUAAUUCUGGAGAAGGAACAGAUAAAAACUGGUAUCUAAAUCGAGUAAUAGUUGAUGAUUUACAAGAAAAGGACAGAUACGUAUUCCUUUGUGAGAAAUGGCUGUCUUUGGAUGAAGAUGACGGAAUGAUUGAAAGAGUGCUUCCAGUUUCUACGAAAGAGAACUUGAAUUCUUUCAAAACAUUGAUGAAUGAGAACUCACAAUUAAAUGUAACGGAUCAUCAUUUAUGGGUGUCCCUUCUCUUGAGACCAAAUAUAAGUCGCUUUACCAGGGUGCAAAGACUUGCUACUCUAAUGACUCUCCUUUUGUUGAUUAUGAUUUCAAAUGCAAUGUUCUUCAGAUCCUCCACUGAAGAUGCCUCUUCGCUUCAAGUUGAAAUAGGCUUCCUUCGAUUUUCACUUUCAACUUUAUAUGUAUCGGUUAUUGGUGUAAUCAUUACAACACCGCCCAUCUUGUUUGUAAUCAUAGCCUUCCGAAAAAGUAAACUUAGGAAAAGGCGAAGAGGGGACUUACCAAAAAAUACCGUUUCUGAAAAGCAUUCUAUAUCUGCAAAACACGUGGAUUCCAAGAGCAAUUAUAUUCUUCAGGCCCUGAACGAAGACAUCAUGUUUGCAGACAGUAAUUUGUUUUUGCCUUUCUGGACUGUGUAUGUUGCUUGGGUUAUUCUUGUUUUAGCUGCUGUAGCUAGCUCGUUCUUCUUAAUACUGUAUUCUAUGGAGUGGGGGAAAGAAAAGUCCGAGGAAUGGCUAACUUCCUUUCUGCUUUCCUUCCUUGAGUCUUUCUUGUUUAUUGACCCUUUAAAGGUUGUCUUUGUGUCCUUGCUGUUUGCUACGAUCUUCAAAAGUAUGAAGGAAGAAAAACCUCCGUCGAUCGACACUGAGGAAUUGCGAAAAGCUUCAGUUCAUUAUAAUGGCGAUUCAAGACAGAGUUUUCUGGCUCUCAUAAAUGAUAUUCUGAAGAAAAACGAGCCCCCUUCGGAAGAAGAAUUGAAAAUAUUAAGGCAGAAAAGGCAGGAGGAAAAGAGGGCACGAAGAGCGACAUACAAUAUUCUAAUCUAUUCCUUGUAUAUCUUUGUGCUGUACAGCGCCAGUUUCUUGCAGAGAGAUCUGCGUUCUUUCAACCUUAAAUGGAAUCUGGAUAAUUAUUUAAUUGCUAACAGUGGCUCCCAACUUGGAUUUUCAGCAGUAAAUGAAACUUUGGAUUUUAUCGCUUGGAUCAACAGAACACUCAUACCAACCUUUUAUCCGGAAAACGAUUAUCGAGGACAACCUUUAUCAGUUACUGAACAGAAAUGGUUCGGGGACAGAUCGAGUAUUCGGGUUGGUCCUGCUCGUCUGAGACAGCUUCGAGGAAAAAGAGAGAUUUGCAAAGUUUGGAGUAUCACUUGGCCAAGGGACUGCGUAGAAAAAUACGCAGAGCUGGAGGAAGAAAAGUCGUCAUUUUGCAUUGGAUGGAACACAUAUAACAAAACAGCAUGUAGUGGCAAUGUUUACGAGAGCAUUCAUCUCACUGCAAAUGCUUGGAAGUACACAGAUGCAAAAGAUAUUUGGGGGUUUUCCGUUUUAGGAGACUAUAACAUGUACAGCGGCGGGGGAUAUAUUUUAGAAUUUACUAAAAACAGGGAGCAAGCUGUCGCCAUGCUGAACGAGCUUCUUAAAUAUUACUGGAUAAACAGGGCUACGAGAGCAAUAUUUAUGGAGUUCACAGUUUACAAUCCCAAUGCAAAUUUAUUUGCCUAUGCAAUGUUUCUUUGUGAGUAUCCGGAAACUGGAGGUACAUUGAUUUGGACAGACACACAAUCUUUUAGACCAGUACUUUCAUCGGACGAAGUAGGGGCAUUUGCUAUUUUAUGCUACAUCGUGAUUAUUGCAUACCUAAUCGGUUAUCUUAUUCAUAUUAUUGUGAAAAGUGCCACAAAGGGUUGCUGUAAAUUCUUCAAAGUUCCCUGGAACAUAGUGGAUUCUCUCAUAACCUUGUUAGGAUUUGCUUGUAUUGCAAUUUACAUUGUUCGCUAUAUAGACGCCAAGAAGGCUAUGCAAAUGUACUCGGAUGAUAUUUUGAGUGGAACAAACCGCUUUAUAAACUUUGGACACAUUGUAUUUUGGGAUAACCUAUUCAACGCUCUGUUUUCUACAAUGGUCUUCAUAUCCACUAUAAAGGUUUUGCGCAUACUUGGAUACAACCGGAAAUUCACAGAAAUUAUUUCUGUUGUUACAAAUGCAGCAGAAGAGAUCGCUGGAUUUAGUAUUGUGUUUAUUGUUAUGUUUUCCUCUUUCGUAUUGUUCGGAUAUUUCUUGUUUGGUGUUCACCUUCAAGGGUAUAAAAGUGUUUUUGCGACGUGUAGUACCCUUGCAAAUACUUUUAUUGGUAAAAACAAACUCGAUACCCUGAUGGUUGCCGCUCCUAAGACUGCUCAGUUUUACUACUUUACCUACAUGGUGUGUGUUAUCAUGACAUUACUUACUAUGUUUGCUGCUAUUUUAAACAAAAGCAUUGCAGAUGUCAAAGCAGAAACUGCCCAAUAUGUUGACACAAUUGGCAUUACAGAUAUUUUUUGGAAAUCGGCAAAGAAUUUUCUCGGCAUGUUUUUCAAGUUUGGCUCUAAGUCCAAUAUCUCAGAAAGCAAAGAAGGAAAAGAAAACCUUAAGAAGUUGAAUGCCAUGCGAAACGGAAGCGUGGACGUGUCAAACGUAUUGGCUUUAAUAAGACAUACAUUCAACGAUUUCAGCGAAAUACAGGAAAAAAAGAGUUUUGUCGUAAUGGAAAACUCAAAAAAACCUCAUCAUAGUUCCGACCAUAUGAAAUAUGGAGAGAUGCAUGAGUUGGAUCAAUCUUGGUGUGAAAGAGAUUCCCAAGAAGCUGAUAUCCAAAGAAACUUUAAUGAGAGCAAGAUGCAAAUGUAUCUCUAAUUGUUUGAACCUAUUUGCGAGAGUAAAGGAAGGCCAAAUAGUUCCCAGUUAUAGUCCAUAAAUCCUGAAAAAAAAAGAUGUAAAUUGUUUAAUGAGAAAUUGCUGUUGGUUUUAACUGUUCAAGUUUGUGCAAGCACAAAAGUUUUGCGACACAGGAUGAAUUAUCCAACGGUUAUGUAAUUACGAUAAAGUAUUUUUAAGUAUACUUGUUUGUUAAUGUAUUCGUAGUUUUCAAGAAUUCAGCCCAAGUUGGUUAUACAAUAUAAAGAAUUGUUACAAAAAUAAGGAUUCUACGCAACUGUUUCAUGAACCAUGAUGGUUUAAUUAAAAGCUUAUAUUUAUUGUAAUUUAAUGGGUGUGAAAUCGUGUGGCAAGGUUUUAAUAUUCUCAAAACCUUGUAAUAUUAUAUGCUUUGUUAAUCAAUUUGUUGCAAGAAAUAUUAUAUAUUUUAUAAUUGACAGUAUUUUAUUUUCUUCUUCAUUAUUCAAUAUUUCAUUCUAGAAGUACAUUUGAAGCAACAAUGUACAUGCAGACCUGGGAUAUUAAAAAUGUUUUAUGCAUGUUAUUAUGAAAUAAAUAUUCUCUUCGAA